AUGUUGACGAUGCUGGCCUUAUCUCUGUUUCAGGAGAGCGGUGAGCACUUCGGCUUCAAUGCGCGCCAGGGCAUAGCCAGUGAUUUCCGUGCCAGCAUGUGGAGGACCAGCUCCGAGAUAGCGAACCAGCUGCGGUCGGCCCUACGGAAAUUGCUGACGGCAGGCCUCGUCGCCAUGGCUGCCCGCCGCCCCGUGCUGCUUGCCCUCUGCCUCGCCGCUGCGGCCGCGUGGCUGCUGGGCGGCGCGCUCGCGCCGGCCGAUGUCGCGCAGCCACAGGGCUUUGUCGCCCACUCGCCGGCCCUGCGCGCCGGGGGGCGCGGCGCCCUGGCGAACGCACGGAGCGCGCCGGCCGGGCCGGCCGUCGUGCUCCAGGCGGCUGCCUGGGCUCCCCACAGGAGAUGCUCCCGGUCGACCUCAACCGCACGUCCCUCUAUUGGGGCCUCCUGA